AUGGGAGGAAAAGUGGCUGCCAGGGAGUCGAGUUAUAACAACGCUUCAGCAGUCGCUAGAAAUCCCCUCCUCAGCUCUGUUAAACUUAUUUACUACAAGAUAUUUGCUAAGAUGUACUCGGUAAUGGGAGCCAAAUCUAAACUUGUGUUUGUCAACUCAUCUUGGACCAAGGGACACAUAGACGAUAUUUGGCAGAUUCCUGACAGGACUACACUUCUUUACCCACCUUGCAAUACUGAGAACUUCCUUAAAAUUUCGGGACCUAGAUCUAAGAGGAUUGUGUCGGUUGCCCAGUUUCGGCCAGAGAAAGAUCAUAAAUUGCAGAUCGAAUCAUUUGCGAUGUUCGUGGAAAAAACUGGACGAAGAGAUGUAACGUUAACCCUAGUGGGUGGGGUAAGAAACCAGGGAGAUAGAGAUAGAGUAGAAUCUCUGAAGCAACUUUCUGAAACCCUUAAAGUAGACGAACUGGUUGAGUUUAAAGUCAGUAUCCCCUACUCCGAGCUGUACCAGAUCUUAUCCGACUCUCUGAUGGGUCUCCACACCAUGUGGAACGAACACUUUGGUAUUGGAGUGGUGGAGUUCAUGGCAGCCGGUAUCAUUCCCAUAGCACACAACAGCGGGGGUCCUAAGUUGGAUAUAGUGGUACCAGGGACAGGCUUCUUAGCAGCCACUGCUGAGGAAUACAGUGAUCACGUGAUAAGAGUUCUGGAGAUGACAGAUGAAGAAUUGGAGGGCAUAAGGGAAAGAGGACGGGAGCAUGUGAUGGGCACCUUCUCUGAUGAGGCCUUCUCGACUGUCUUUAUUGAGAAGUGUGUGAACGAGUUGGAUAUGGAUCUUAGAUGGAUUGAAGAGUUUGAUGCAGAGGACGAAGAGAGGUUGGAAGAGUUUUCAGAUUGA